UUAGAGAGAAUAAAAGCAACCUUUCCUAUGCAAAUAACAAAGAUAGAGAGAUUGGAGAAAUGGCUGUAAGCUCAACGGUUUUAUCGUCUCCGGCGAUGUUCAGAAGAUGCCCGACGAUGGCCACCGAGCUGAGAUCAAGACGGUGGAAAGUGAAGUGUCAGUUGUCACCUGUAAAACCCUCCAAGUAUUCAUCUAGAAUCUCUACAGAUGUUCAGUUGCACGAGUCUCCUCAGGCGUUGUUUGAUGAGUAUUUGGAAGAGAAACCGAGAGUUUUCGAAGCAAUGUUUCCGGAUAAACCUAAAAGUCAUAGGCUUAACGAGGAGGAAUGGAGAAUACAAAUGUCACCAAUCAAUUUCCUCUUCCUCACUGCGAGGCCAGUAGUGGACAUGAGGAUUCGAUGCAAAUCCAACGGUCGAGAUUACCCGUCGGACAUACCUCUAGACAUAACCAAAGUUCUUGAGCUCAACAUGAUCAAAUGGGAGCUUCAAGGGCUUGACCGGGUAAUGGAACCGUCUGAUUUCACUCUCGGAGUCAGAGGAGCAUUGUAUCCAGACCGAGGUGGGAGGCACACAAGGCUCAAAGGUCGACUAGAGAUGAACAUAAGCUUUGUUCUUCCUUCGGUUCUUGCGCUUGUACCCGAGGAUGUUUUGACCGGUUUGGUAGAUAACAUGAAGCAUAAGGUUAUUGAGAGCUUGCUCGCUGACUAUAGCAGGUUCAAGAACGAGAGAAACAAAACUAGGUCUUAAUCUCAAUGUUUAACCAGCUCUGGAUCAAAUGUAGACAAAUCGUUCGAAAUGUAUGUAAUUUCUUAACGCAAACGAAAACAAACAAUCGAGAUUUUAAAA